AUGGAAGCCCUCCUCUCUGAAUUCAGUUUCCUCUCAGAUCAAGCUUUAGAAGAUAAGAAGUUCGAUCCAUCCACCAUGGAAGACCUGAUGAAGCUGUUUGAUAUUGAAUCUUACAAGGCAUGGGUUGCUAUGGAGUUUGAGCAAGAAGAACAAGUGAAAGAAGCUAGAACAAGCAUGCGGCAAGCUGAGGAUUAUAUGGACUCAAUCAUGGAAGAGGCCAUGGGUGAGUUUAGGCGGUUCGAGGAGGAGAUGGAAGACAUGUGUAAGGCUGAACUGAAGGGCCUGGAAGACACGGCUGAGAAGGCUAGGAAACUGGGAAACCUCUUGGAAAAGGCUGCCUCUGUUGCCUCCAAAAAGUACAUUGAGGUUGCACUCAAUUCUGCUUCUGCUACUGUGAAAUCUGCUUGGAAAGGACUUUCCUCUAAAAAGGUUCAUCCUUCAUGA